AAAAUUAGCAAAGAGAAAAAGAGGGUGUGAAAUAUGUGAAUAGCGUCAUUGUCCAACCGCUACCCUGUAAAUUAAAAGGAAACAGAUCUCUCUCUCUCCCCUUCUCCUCCUCCUCCACUUUCUCCUUCCUGGUUCUUGGUCUCUAUCCAUCCCUCAAAAAUGGCACCCACAAAAGAGAAUAUUGUGAUGUUCCCAUUCAUGGCACAAGGCCAUAUCAUCCCUUUCCUAGCUUUAGCCCUUCAUAUAGAGCGAACAAGCAACUACAACAUCACCUUUGUUAACACUUCUCUCAACCUCAACAAACUCAACUCUUCUCUCCCUCCUAACUCUUCCAUUCGUCUUCUUGAAAUUCCCUUUGAUAGCUCCGAUCAUGGCCUCCCUCCCCACACUGAAAACACCGAUGUUCUUUCUUACCCUCUCAUCAUUCGCCUCCUCCAUGCCUCCACUUCCCUCCAGCCUGCUUUUAGGAAGCUCAUUCAGGAUAUUACAUGUGAGCAAGGAGGCCACCCUCCCCUUUGUAUUAUUGCUGACUUCUUCUUUGGUUGGACUGCUACUGUUGCUAAAGAGCUUGGUGUCUUUCAUGCUGUGUUUAGUGGUGCCGGUGGAUAUGGCUUGGCAUGUUAUUACUCUGUCUGGCUAGCUCUUCCUCACAGGAAUACCGAAUCCGACGAGUUUGAGCUGCAAGAUUUCAAGGAAGUUUCAAAGCUUCAUGUGACCCAAUUGCCACUCAGUAUUUUAGAGGCAGAUGGGACUGAUUCUUGGUCUAUUUUCCAGAGAAAGAAUCUACCAGCUUGGGUGGAUUCAAAUGCGAUUUUGUUUAACACGGUGGAGGAGUUUGAUCAGAUUGGUUUGUCUUACUUUAGGCGAAAAAUAGGUCGGCCGGCUUGGGCAAUAGGGCCAGUUCUGCUAUCAACGGAAAACCGAGCUCGUUUCGGCAAAGAAGAUAGUAUAACAACAGAUCUUUUCAAAGAAUGGCUAGAUUCCAAGCCCGUGAAUUCAGUUCUGUACGUGUCAUUUGGAUCGCAUAAUACAAUUGCUCCAUCGCAGAUGAUGCAAUUAGCUAUGGCUUUGGAGGCCAGCGGCAAGAAUUUUAUCUGGGUUGUUAGACCACCAAUAGGUUUUGACAUAAACUCAGAAUUCAGAAGCAAAGAAUGGUUGCCAGAGGGAUUUGAAGAAAGAAUCAAAGAAUCAGGAAAAGGUCUGUUGGUGCAUAAAUGGGCACCCCAAGUGGAAAUCUUGGCUCAUAAAUCUACAGGCGCAUUUCUGAGUCACUGCGGAUGGAAUUCAACUCUUGAAGCUCUAAACCACGGGGUGCCAUUGAUUGGAUGGGCAAUGGCAGCGGAGCAGUUUUUCAACGUAAAGUUCUUGGAAGAAGAAUUGGGGGUGUGUGUGGAAGCUGCUAGAGGGAAGACUUGUGAGAUUAGGUGUGAAGAAAUAAAGGAAAAAAUUGAAUUGGUGAUGAAUGAGACAGAGAAAGGGAAGGAAAUAAGAAGGAAAGCUUGUGAGGUAAUGGAAAUGAUAAAAAAUGCAAUGAAAGAUAAGGAUGGUUUGAAAGGUUCAUCUCUGAAAGCGUUGGAUGAUUUUUUCCAAGCUGCUUUAUCAAUGAGAAAAAAGACGCACCAACAGUAAGACUUUGGAGUUUUUCUUUCCUUUUUCUUUUUUCAGCUUUCUUUUACAUUUCCCAUCAUAUCAAUAAUAAUCAUAUUAGCAUUUGGGAAAAAAAAUCCAGUAAUUUCCAAAAUUUUAGCAACA